AUGUUUUUCCUUAUUUAUUUAGUCAGUUUAGCUGCUGCUGUUCAUAAUAUUACAUUAUGCCUCGGUUCCAAAAAUUCAUCAAUUGAUGGUUUAAACUUAUAUUCAAAGCAUGUUGGUGCUGGUAUUUCUUACUUUUAUACAAAUUCAGAAGUAGGUCAACAAUUGACCUAUGAUUCUGAUGCUUUAAACAUUUUUUAUCAAGUCACUCAGGAUAUUAGAUUUAAUUUUAACUUAAAUGGUAAUUUUUUACAAAUGAGUGUUUUUGAACCAAGUAAAGUUAUCAUUGAUUAUUUUGGUAAUUUGGUAUUUGAAGGUGCUAAUAAUUUAUAUGCUGCUAAACAUUUAGGCGAGCCUUAUAAUUGGUCUGAUUAUGAUUAUGCAAUUGUUAAGUACCAGAAUAAGAAGGAUGUUCCUGAAGGUGCUGUUAGAGUUAGAGUUAAAGCUAAGUUGAUCAAGUUAUAGGUCGCUUAUAUUACCUAUAACUGGCUCCGAGUGUACUAAAACAUGUUUUUAUCUUUUAAACUCAGAGUAUCUGACUAAAUCGAUCAAAACUCGUUUAUUCUAAGCUCUUGCUUAAACCAAUGUUUGUAUGUUCGUCAAAAUGCAUUAUUUCGAUUGAUUCUACGUAGAUAAACAGGUAUGCAAGCUAGCUCCAGGUCAUACUUUUUUCAUUGAUUUGUUCAAAAAAUAUAGAGUAUUCAUGAAAAAGGUAAGUUUAAUCUAAAUCCAGAUUUUGUCCACAGAGGUCAAGAGCCAAUUCAAACAAGGAAACAGAACACUAAAUCUAGUGAAUGAAUCUUGUUGAAUUUAUGCAUAUGUCAAAUUUAUAAUUAUCCUUUCCUUGAAGAAGACGCGUUUUCAAUUUGAAACAAAUUUUAAUAAACACAUAUUUUGCAGCCAGUUUUCUUAAGUAAUAUUAUGUCUCAAGAAGUCUGAAUAUAGUUGCCACACAGUCCAAUAUAUAAACAUCUUAGAUUUCUCAUUUAUUUUCACUCUACAACCAUGCUUUUCCAGUUAAUUUCAUUCGUUUUUUUAAUCAAUUCAAUUUUUGCUCAAAUUUCAAGCAUUAGUUUAUUUUUAGAGUCUAAAGAUAAGUCAGUAGAUAAAUUAAAUUUAUAUUCACGUAGAGUAGGUGCUGGUAUAAAUUAUCUUUAUGCAGUCGAAGGUAAUGGACAAGUAUUAAGUUAUGAUUCAAAAAAUUUAUCAAUUUUCACCAAUGAAUCAAAUAUUAGAUUAAAUUUCAAUACCCAAAAUGAUGUUUUACAAUUGAGUGUAUUUGAACCAUUGAAGGUUGUAAUUGAUAAAUACAAACGUGUUAGAUUUGAAGGAUUUAGAGAUUUAUAUGCGGUUAAGAAUUUAAAUGAACCUUAUAAUUUCUCAUCUUCAAAUUUUGCAAUUGUUAAACAUGCUACAAAGUCUAGAGUUCCAAAGGGAGCAAUUCCAGUAUCUUUAAGAGCUAGAUUUACUAAAUAA